GGGAUCGAAGACGAGGGGGUCCGCAGCUCCGGGUGUCUCGACGACGUCAAAUUUCAAACAUGAUACGAGCAGUAUGGGAGUGUCAGGAUUGAAAUCGUCAAAGUUGAAAUAGUUUGUGAUGCAUAAAAUGCAACCCACAAAGUGCCUGUCUUGCAGAGUAGGCAAGGGAGGCAGAUUGUAAGCCUGUUGCGGAGUAGAAAUAGAGCUGCUAAAGUAGCAUGACAAAAGGCGUCUUCCUUACUCAAACAGCAUGACAGACUGGAUUUCGGUUCUACUCAAAUUUGUCAUGCGCCGCUUGGAAAUUGGGCUUCCAACUGGUAUCCGUUUUAUGCAUCACAAAUUAUUUCAACUCUGACGAUUUCGAUUCUGACACUCCCAUAAGCAGUAGUGGUAGCAGCUCCAGUGCAAGCGCAUCUUUGGCGGAGGUUUUGGCGACACAGGUACCUACUACUUAACUCAAAACCGCCUUAGAAAGUAAUCAUUUCUUAACGAAUUCAGAAUGAAUUCAGAAUUCCAGCAAUUUUACACUUUGGCUCGACGUUUUAGGGGCCUGAGUCCUCGCGCCUGGUUAUCGAUCGACGGAGCAUCAACGUGCCCCUAGGUGGCUACAAAACGGGCUUCGUCGUUGCUAUUCAAAGCGAUUUGGGGAUCUGUCACGCGCUUGAUUUCUCAAGGGUGGCGGCCUCACGUACGACACAGCGGCAGUUACAGCCCCGCUGCUGCCGUUUUUCCUGCUACAUGCGUCAUGCCCACGAUACUGCUCUAGAAUGUAGCCGAGCGCGCCGCGGCUUCAUACAGCGCAUCGCAGCACAGGGCCGGCUUCAGAAGGCCGCCUGGGUUUGUAGCGCACCCAUUCGCGCCGAGGCUUCCUACAGAUAUACACAAAGCAAGCCCUCAGCUGGUGGCGAGGUUUUCAUGCGUCAACUAUUCUGCAAGACGAAAUAGGGCGUGUGGGGGCCCUUCGACUUUCCUGCUUCGGGCCGCCACUGUAUAAGCGUCUUCAUGCGCGAAAGACAGGGACUUUCUUGGUCUGGCAAGAUUCUGCAGCAAUUCAACGCCAUUGCUGCCCCCAACGUCAUGGCCUUGCACGCCGCCAGCCGCGCACUUGCCUCUGGCGAAUGGGCCCUGAUUCCCGGGUCAUGAAAGACCGCAGGCCAUAGCGAGGAACCACCCUGGCCUGUGUUUUUUUCGAGGGAAGCGGCCCGGCGUCCAGCUAGGUCAUUGAAGAAAAGGCGGGCCAGCGAGCAUCUUGCGGAAGGGUCCGACACCAAUUUCUAAAUUAAGUUGGAAAAGAGUUGAAAAAAGUUGGAUCAGAGAUUUCAAGUGGGGGAAAGCUUUCCAACUAUUUCCAAACUCGUUUCCAACUUAAUUCUGAAAUUGUCCCGGGCCGCCAAUUAAAUUCUGAAAUUGAUUGAGGGCGCCAAUUAAAUUCUGAAUUCCCUAUCGGCCGCCAAUUAAAUUCUGAAAUCUAUCUUGGCCGCCUAUUAAAUUCUGAAAUCCCCUCCGCCGCCCAAUUUUAUUCUGAAUCUGGUCCGCCCGGCCCAAUGCGUUCUUGUAAAACAAGUACGCCAUUGUCGAGGCUUUUGGUCGUUUCGCAUCUAUCAAAAGGGAGCAAAAUGAUUGCCGGGGCUCUGUUUCGCUGCAUCAUCUUGCUUGCGUAUUUGCUUCUUGGGAUCUGGCAUCGUGAGUUCCAUGGGCUCCGGGCCAGAGGGGCUUCGCGCCGACCGAGGGACCUGGGAUGUCUUUUCCGACACCUUGUCCAAUCCGGUCCGCAUUUUGUGCGCGUAUUUUUUUGUGAUCGUCGGGGCCCCUCGAGCGAGCGACGCUUGCAAGUAGUGGUAGCAGCUCCAGUGCAAGCGCAUCUUUGGCGGAGGUUUUGGGGUCGGCGACAGAGGUACCUACUACUUUAGCUACAUCAUUUAUUGGAUUGUCGUACGAGAGAUACGUACUGGUAACACGAUUUUUCUGCAACCUGUUUCAUCAUGUUGUGGCAACUGCUGUGGUGGUCCGAGACAUCGAUAGUUUUACGCCUGCUUACUACGUUUUCCCAUGAAGAUGUGGGUAAAAAGAACAAAGAUUAAUCAUAUGUCUUUCGUUCAGCCCGCGCCCCUUCCUGACUGGAAGUACGAG